CUGGACCGCUUGAUCGACAAACUCAAUCUAAUCUCUGAUUUUUGUUUAAUUAAUGUUUGUGCUGUCUUGCAGAUUUGGAUAUUCCUUCAGAACACUGUUUUUUAAUGGCAAGCAAUACAACCCAUGGCUUCUUGAAAGAUUUCAACGUCUGGGUGGUUCUGUUGUGAAAAAAACAAUACAUUCAUUGGACGAGCUUGCAGGUCUUUAUGAUGUUGUCGUUAACUGCUCUGGGAUGAGAGCUCGGGAAUUAGUCAAUGAUCUUUCCAUGGAUCCUGUCAGAGGUCAAGUCUUAAGGGUUUAUGCACCGUGGAUUAAAGAGGCUUAUUUCAAAGGAGAUAAACACCUUGCAAAGCAGGAAAGAUACUGUUAUAUUCUUCCACAAGCAAAUGGUGAAGUUGUUCUCGGGGGAACUGGAUAUCACAAUAACUUCGACACAAAAGUUAGCGCUGAUGACACCAGACACAUCUUAGAGGUCACGUCAAAGCUCAUACCUAGUCUAAAACGAGCUCCAGUGUUAGAAGCAUGGGUAGGACUGCGACCUGGUCGACCCUGCACAAGAAUUGAAAAAGAGGUCAUGAAAUUUAAGGACAAACUUGGAAGAGAACGGAGUCUCAAAGUUGUUCAUAAUUAUGGGCACGGUGGUUCAGGUUUAACAGUUCACUGGGGCUGUGCAGCCGACACCGCUGAUUUGGUAUUUCAAUUUCUGGCGCAAGGGCAAAUGGCGAAACUAUAAACAAUCCGUUGAUGAUAGUGUGGGGAACGAUUAUUCGUUACAGUAAUCUAGGAUGACUGGUCGUUUUCUCUUUACGCCUUUUUUGCUGUUUUGUGAGAGUUAAGGCGUUUUAUCGAUGUUUAAGUUAAUUAGUCAAUAUUUUUUUUCACUGUUUUAGUACUAUCGUUUUUAAAUGAUAGUAUGAAAGUUCAAUUUACCCCAGGGCAUCCCUGAAAACCAUCUUGAUAAGAGAAACCUCCUUCGUAACUGAUCGUUGUUUCAUUAUAUCACUUAUGUACGGGUAUAUAUAACAGCUGUGCAAAACAGCAGUGGCCUCUUAAUUGAUUUCGUACGUAUUACAUCAGAAAAUAAUCAAGUAAUGAUAGUUGUAUAAUUAAAAGAGAAAUGACAAAAUCGUGUAUUUCGCUAUUAUAGGUAAAGUUACUAGUGUAUAUAAUAUUUGUAUUGCAAGUAACGUCAUUGCUGCGAUAAAAAAUCGUAUAACUAAUUUGUUAAGAAAAUACCGAAAAUAACAUACUAUUUGAAACAGGUCUGACCCGAGAGCAAUAAACCCUCAAUUACCCCAAUACCGUGAGGUUAUUGUUUUCUAGUUUCUUCUUUUGUGUGUGUUACUCAAAUUUCGAGAAGAUAAGGUAGGGCACUGGGUACUAGAAUGUCACAGUCGGUAAAACAAGCGCCAUGGUCAGUAAAAUCUUGGUUGGAGCAUGCGCAUCAUUUAGUUCCUGAAUCGAACCUUGUUCUCCAGUCAAAAGUAGCAUGAGCAGUAGCGAGCAGUUAUUAAGAAAUUGUGACUGAAAACGGUACAGACAAGGAGGAUGAGGUAUUUUUUGAUGUCGUUUGUUUCUUGAUAUCCAGUGAGUGUUUUUGUUUAGUUACGGUUUCAUUAAACAUUCCAAGUGUUUUAUUUAUCUUCUUUUACAAAAGCAGAAGCGCCUUUGCUUCG